UAGAUAUACGGUAAAAAUAGCCACACGUGUACAUUUAAUAUUCAAGAUCCAAUGCAUUAUAUCUUAUAGCAAAAUCAGGAUUUCCGGGAGAGAGAUGCCUUUACUCAAGCUUCUAGCGAGGUGUAUACUUGCUCUUCUCAGCUGUCUACGGUAUCUGUUGCCGCAUAAAAAGGGACACAUUCCAGAGGCUGGCAUUGUUGUUAACAAAUUACUAGAUAUAGUGUUCAACGACGAUAACUUACUAAAACUAGAGUUUCUCACGGAUUUUUACGAGAAAUUCGGAUUAUUCCGGUUUGAUAAUAAAGUAUAUAUAUUCGACCAUAAAUUAACACAGACCGUUAUAAACAAAUUAGAAAAGGGUGCACAUGACUAUUUAGAAAACUCUCCAUUAAAAGACACAAUACUUGGUUCCACAAAUCGGAGUCCAGAAGUACGGAGAGCGAUUGCGACCAUCUUUAGAAAAUCUGUUCUCGAGGAAAAAGGAAACCUUAUUAUUAAAGAUGUAGAGACAUUUUGUGAUAAAAUAGAGGACGAAGCAAACUCAGGUCAGCUUGUAAAUGUUACGGACUGGUCACUGCGUAUGGCGAUGGACGUGGUAGGUCACAUGUUACUACAGCUAGACAUGCACGCGCUAGAGGGAAAACAAGAACUGUUGUUAGAGUGUCUGAUGACUAUAUUACACAGGUGCUAUGCAUUGGCUGAGAUCACCGCCGACAGUGAAGAGUUUAAAGAAGCAAAUGCAACGUUUGAAAAACUCACAACCGAAAUCUUAGCAGAUGCUCUAAAAAUAGAAGACCGUCACGAGGAGAAAAGACUGGUCGUUAAACUACACGAAGCGUGUGGCUUUGAUUUGGCUCGAGAUAAUAUGAAGUUAUUCUUAAUGGCUGGCUCAGAGACCACUGCAGCAACAAUACCCGUCUUGGUCUACUUACUAACCACACACACGGAUGUUCAGGAAGAACUCCGAGCUGAAGCAGACGAUAAUAUAGACGCUUUGUAUAAAGACCCGUCGCUCUCUCUACCAAAGCUUGAAGCUGUAUUGAAAGAAGUUCUACGUGUUUACCCUAUAGCUCCAUUCAUCAGCAGACAGACGCUGGAGGAAGUCAAUGUCGGGGAUUUUACCUUUCCAGCGAGCACGGACAUCAAAGCAUUUACGUGGGGUAUUCACCGGUCACAUACACAAUGGUCAAAAUCCAAGGAAUUUAUUCCGUUCAGAUUUUUAGACAAUUCUGAACGAACGUCCUCCAAAAUGUACAUACCAUUUGGCGCCGGUUCAAGGGUGUGCAUAGGUCAGCAUCUGGCUUGGCUGGAGCUUAAAAUAGCCACCGCCAUUAUGUUGCAUAGAUUUAGAAUAUCAAAGGUACCAGAGACUCGAACUUUGAGAUUUGUGACCGACUGGGCACACGCUGUUGUUCAUCCGGACAAAGACUUAUUUUUCAGAUUUGAAGUCAGAUAAUUAUUAAUAACAACUAGAACAUGUAUUAAUAA